AUGUCCACCACAAUCCCCGAAACCUACCCCGACCCCGAGUACGAAGCCGCUCACCAAGCCACCUACGAGCGCAUUCCCCGGUAUCCCAUCACCCCCGUCCUCCCGCCGGGAAUUACCCACGAAGUCUGGACCAAAGCCAUCCAAGCCUUCAUCUCCGUCCUCGGCAUGGAUGCCGUCCUCAUCGACUCUGCCUUAUUCGAUUACAUCGACCCGUACGACCUGCAUGAAGCCUCUUCGACCGCCUCGUCCGAGUCAGCGAACGAAAACUCCCAAAACUCUAACAAGCGCAAAAUCCCCAGCGCAGCAGUCUGCCCCAGCUCCACAGACCAACUGAGCGCCAUCCUCAAGAUCGCCAACGAGUACACCAUCCCACUAUGGACUUUCUCGCGCGGCAAGAACUUGGGAUAUGGCGGACCGGCACCUCGAGUGAACGGUUCCGUGGCGCUGGACUUGCACAGGAUGAACAAAAUUAUUGAAGUGAAUGACCAGUUCCACUACGCGGUCGUGGAGCCAGGAGUGACGUUUAUUGAUUUGUAUCGAUAUUGUGUCGACCACGGGAAGAAGGUAUGGCCGAGCACGGCGA